AUGAUAGAGAUCGGGAGAGACCAGCUGGUCCAGCCGUUUCCCUCGGCGCCAGACGGGUCCAAAACAGAGCCCACAAGGCUCCAGGCGCCUGAAAAGUUGGGUGAAGCAAGCUUUGGAGCACAACCGGACUCGGAACUCCAAAAUUCCAGCACAAACGGUCAAAGCACCCAAGUUCCAGUGCCAGCACCUGUUUCCAAUGGACCAGCGGCUGUCUACGGUCGAAAAAGAUCGAACUCCCAGUCCCAAGUGAUCCUACAGCCCAAAGCCCAACCCAUGGCUUCCACUGCCACAUCUUCUGCAUCAACCUCAUCAUCAUUGGCCCGCCAAAGGGCUAGCGAGAACCCUCGCAAAAGGGCCCAGGUCCAGUACUAUGUGACCUUGACUCCUCUCAACGAUACCUUCAUCAAGAAACACUUGCCAGUGGCCACCUUUCCCGAUACCACCAAGCUUGGAAGACCCACAGGCACGAAGCACAAGCCGGAUGUCACCAACGGCUACUUUGACUCUAGGGUUUUGAGUCGUAAUCAUGCCCAGAUUUACAUCGAUUCAAAGACCGGCAAGUUGAUGCUCCAGGAUUUGGGAUCUUCCAACGGUACAUACUUGAACGAUGUCAGGCUAUCGAAUGAUCCGGUGGAGGUAAAGGUCAGUGACACCGUUUGUUUAGGUUUCAACGUCCAAGCAGAAUCCACUCACAAGCAAAUCAGCUUCAAGAUCGAGAACAUCAACGUCAUUGGAAACGGGGUAUCUAAAAGUGAUUCCGGAAUAGUUUUCAAUAAACACCAGGGAUUGGAUUCAUCCGAAUUCAAGCACUUGAGCUUCAUCGAAGAUAUCUACACUCAGUUGACAGAAAAGAAGACCAAGCCAGUGGUCGAAUCAGAGCUUUUCUCGAAGCUAGUUGAUGAAACAGAAACUCAGAAGAUUAAGCAAUAUCCAAUGUCAUUUGAAAAUGCGUUAUUCGGAGAUAUCAAUCCCCAAGUAGAAGAUAACUUGUUGGGGUUCUAUUCAUCUAUAAACUCUGGAAUUUAUAAUAAUUCGCAACUUACUAAUACGGGUACUCUAGAAAGAACAAUUAAUGUCUUAAUUAUGAAUCUUACCAAAGCAAAGCAGCAAAACCAAUCAUUGACCACAUUGAGUAACUUCUUCACAAAUUAUCAAAGUAAGUUGAAACAGCUCAAUACGAAGCACCUAGAUGUCGAAUUCAAGAAGCAUUUGUUUGAUAUCCAAACAGACAUAAAGAGACAGAAGCUCUCCAAUCAAAAGUUAAAGGAAAGAAUCAAAUCAACCGAAGAAAUAAACCUUUCCACCGUGGAAAGGUUGACCUCUCGAAUUAAAACACUCGAAUCAGAGAAAGAGAAGGUCAAAGUUUUGAUGGCCCGAAUGGUUGAAAAUGAAAGGAAACGGAGUGUCGAGGAUGCUGCUCGGGUUGAGAAGGAG